AUGCACGAUGCGUUGCGCAAUCAGGCAUUUUUCACCGAGAAUAUUAUAUCGCCCGUCUCGAAUACUCCGCCUACUGAACUCGAACAGAAACUUCAACAUAAUAUCAAUUCUUCGAAAGCGAUGUCUCUCCUUUCUCACGCUGAUAGAGCUUCCAUUGCCGCCGGAGCUGCUUAUGGGAGUGGAUAUGGAGGGGGAAUCGGCUCUCCUUCUAUUCAAAACGGACAAUCAACGACUAACCGCUGGACUCCAAAGUCUUCAUGGAGUAAGACUCCCGAACGUUCUGUUGGAGGAGCAACACGUGCAGGAAGUACUGUUGGUCGCGCUUCCGGAACAUUUUUCGCGGGCCGUGGAGGUACGAGAACUGGCACGGAGAAUGGAUACGGUGGACCCAUUAAUGGAUCACCGGCUGGUUCGACAGACGAAGCGAUCGGCACAUAUCAGUCAAAGUUCAAUAGCGUUCGUAGAGGAGGAGGCGUAGGAAGCGUUGGUCGUGGUGGUAGCACGACUGGCGCAUCUUUCAACACGAGAGCCGAUGCUUUGUACAACCCGAACGACCCAACCGACCGUCCAAAGGCUGUGAACGUAGCUGCUACUCGUAGUGAAAGCGAUGACGAAGAAGAAGAAGGUUGGUCAAAGGUGGGAGCAACUAGCCGAUCUUCUACAAACACCGCUCCCUCUUCGUCGGAUCGCCCUGCUUGGGCUCGCUCUGAAUCGUGGAUUCAACGGACCCAACAACAACAACAGCAACAAAACAGCCAACAACCUCCAUCUACCGCUCAAUGGAAUAAUCGGGACUCUGGUUCUGAUUCCGCUGUGUGGAGAGAUCGAAACCAGAUGGUGGCCGCGGUGAAAAAGAAUUCUGGAGAGAAUCCGUCACCACCAUUACAGUCUCAACAGAACUCAUCUGCUCCGACAUCUGCGCAACCGCGAGAAGAAUCUCAGAAUUCGGAUCUAUCACAUCUGUCAUCUUAUCAGCCUGAUGCUUCAACUUGGUCCAACAGCAAUAUGGGUGGCGGAAUGGGUGUAUUUUUCCAACCCAAUUUAUCAGGCGGCUCAACUCCAUCUUCCGCCAGUGGACCUGCUCCAGUGGUGAAAGAAGAACCUGUUGAAUUCUACUACAUGGAUCCCACGGAAACCCGUCGUGGACCGUUCCAUAAAGAUCAGAUGACAGUGUGGUUCAAAGCGGGUUACUUUACCGAUGAAACUUUGAGAGUUCAACGAGGUGAAAAGGGAGAGUACAAGACUAUUGGUGAACUAAAGAAGAUUCACGGAGCCACUACGCCGUUUGAGUAUCCUGAAGACGUCGAAAAACCACACGUGCCGAUUCCUCCACCUACAAGUGUUGCUAGCAUUCCAUCGUACCCAUCUACUACGAAUCCAAUGUUCCCUUCUGCACCAUACGGUGGAAUGAAUAUGUGGUCGAGUAUGGUACAGCCAAACGAUAUGAUCUCAUUGAUGCAGUCAACAUUUGAGCAGCAAAUUCUUGCUGAACGUCAAAGACUCGCUGAGGAGCAUAACCGUCGAAUGCAAGAAGAAGCUGAAAAGAUGGCGAAAUUCCACGAAGCAAUGUAUCGACAGCUCUCACUUCAGCAGGAAAUGUCACAGCAACAAAUCAGAGAACAGGAGCUGGCACUUCAGAGACACCGUGAAGAGCUGGAAAAGCGGGACGCUGAAUUGAAACGAGAAGCGUUGGCACGGCAACAGCAGAUUGAGAUGGAAGCACGCGAAGUGGAGCAACGUAGAGCUGCGAUCGAAGCUGAAGCCCUCCGAAAGAAGGAAAGCGAAGAGCAUGCCAGAAGAGUGUUCGAAGAAAAACAGAGAGAAGCUGCCGCUGCAAAGAAAUUGGCUGAACAGAGAAGUCGACAGGCUCAAGAAGCUGCUGACAGAGAAAACAACCGUCUAGCAGAAGAGGCCAAAAGAGCGGCGGAGGUGAUCCAGCGAAUUCAACGUGGAGAUGAAUUGAAACAGAAGGCAGCAGAAGAGGAGAAGAAGCGAAUUGCGGAAAAUGAGAGGAUCGCACGUGAAGCUGCCAAACAAGCUCAGCUUGAUGCAAUUUGGGCAUCGCCGAAGGCACCGGUAGUUAGCACAUCUUCCAACCCGGUUACCACUGGAGUUCCAAAGCAAGUGUCUCCAAGCGGUAGCGAUGAUUCCGAGGGAUGGACCGCAAUUACCAAGGAAGUUAAGCAUACAAAGCCAGCUCCAUGGGCUGCCAAGACAACUGAAGCCCCCCAGAAGAGCGAGAAAACUUUGAUGGAAAUUCAGCUCGAGGAAGAACGCAAAAUGAAGGCCGAGCAAGAACGAAACGCUAAGCAGAAGGCAAAAGAACAGUCUUCGACUGCUGCAACUACAGUCAUUUCUCCAGAAAAGAGUGGUGGCUUGUGGGGAGCUACGAAGACUUGGGCUGCUCCAGAAGCUAAUAACUCCAAGGCUUAUGUAUCACCAUUCUUGGAUGGCCCAUCUCUCGAAGCUGCGAACAAGAUGGCUCUGCAAAAGAAGAGCUCUCAAUCAAAGAUCGUGGUAACCAAGCCAGCUGCAGCCAAACCAGCGCCAGCACCAGCAAAAGCAAAAGCUGCAGCUCAACCACCAGCCGAGAAGACGAAAAAGAGCAAAGAGCAAGUGGCUUCUGAUGCAUUCCAGGAUUGGUUCAUCCAGAAGUUCCGGACAUUCUCGACCCAACUGGACGCUCCCACAUUGUAUGCAUGCAUAUUGACUUUGGAGAAUCCAAACGAGGGGCGGCGCAGGAAGAAGGUCCAAAAUAAGGGAAGGACUCUUCGCCAACAGCCGCUUGUUUUCGAUGGAUGCCAACAAACGCACACACUUCAACCAGUAGCAGUAGCAGUUAGUAGUGUAUUCGUUGUCGCUGUUGUCGAGGACAUCGUCAUGUCGUAUUUGGACGAAUCGAAAGCCGUCAAGGAGUUUGUUCGCGAGUUCCUCAAGCGCCGUAUCGCAAUGCGUGCUGCUGGUGGUGCGGCUCAUCCAGAUGCCGAUGACCUAACCUCUGCUCGUGCUGCCGCUGCUGCUCCAUCGGACUCCAACUCUGGAUCUAACUCGAAUUCUGGAAACGGGCAAGGCAAGAAGAAGAAGAAGACCCAAAAACAAGUUCUCGAUGGAAACAUCCUCGGCUUCCGUGGUACCGCCGCUUCUGAUCGUCUCAACAAGGGAGAAAUCGAUGCGAUUCCAACGGCUCCAGUCAACCCAUCACGUCGUUAA